ACGCCCGCACGUGAGACGAGGCUCUCCACCUCAUCUCAAGAUUCUCAUCAAUCUGACAUGAAAGCUCAACAUCAAUAUUCGAUACACAAUUGAUUCUCUGCGCCUUGAUAUUUACUCCUUUAGUCGCUCUUUUUCCGCUUUUCCGCUAAAAUGCCGUCUCCGAUCGUUGCCGCUACGCUCCAGGCCGCGGGCCUGUCGACUAUCUCUAAUAUCCUUGCCCAGAUGAUUGAGGCUCGUCAACAGAAUCGUCCGGUCUCCCUAGACAUCGUCCAGCUUCUGCGCUUCGUCUCCCUCACAUUAAUGACCGCGCCUCCAAACUAUCACUGGCAAGCUUUCCUGGAGCGAAAGUUUCCUGCCUAUCCUGCUGGUCAAGGGCCCCAGCUUGGACGUCUGAACGAUCUUGAGAUGCAGCCUGCCGACGACGCACCCGAGCUCAAGGAAGGCUACGAGGAGCGCAUGGCGCAGAUCAACAAGGACAGAGAGCCUCAGUUUAGUAUGCGCAACACUAUGACCAAAUGGUUUGUUGAUUGUAUCACUGCGGGAGCUAUCAUGAACACGAUUGCGUUUUUGAUCAUUAUGGGCCUGCUCAAAGGUCAGGGCGGUUCUCAGAUUUGGAGCAAUAUCAAGACGGAAACUAUUCCCAUCAUUGUUGCUGGCUACAAGAUUUGGCCUAUUGCGUCCAUUAUCAGCUUCAGUUUCAUCCCUGUUCAUCGACGAAUCGUGUUUUUGAGCUUCAUUGGCCUCUUAUGGGGAAUCUACAUGAGUCUGGUGGCUUCGAGGGUCUAAAUCGUUUGUAAUGUUUCAUUAGCUUUGGUUGUCUCGUGAGAAGCGAAGGCCCAGUUUGGCAGGCUUUGUAUUUUCCAUGUGUUUGUCAUCAGGGUAUAACCUCUGCUGGACGGAAGUUUUUGGUAAAACUCGUCUACAACUCGUCAUAUUGUUCGAUCAGAAUAAAACUUACUACUAUGGUAAUACGAGAAAUCGAUUGAACUGGCCUCCAAAACGAUCGAUUCAACAGUGUCCAUGGAAAUGCAAUAUCUGUUAGCUAGGUCGAUUUAUUUUGAUUUUGCGUUCGAAAAAGCACACUUGCAGUAGAUCAGCUGUUCAAAUCUGAUUCCUUGAAAUAAUUUGUUGAAUAAAAUCAAGAACAGACUAUUGUUGGUUAUUAUUCAUCUCGUUG